GCGACUGCGGUUGAGUUCGAAUAUGGUGGACAGGUGCACAAGGUCUCUGCACGCAAAGAGGUCAUUGUCUCUGCUGGGCACUCACCGCAGGUCUUGGAAUUCAGUGGUGUCGACGACCGGAAAAUCCUUGAGCCUCUGGGUAUCAUUAUUCAGCUGGACUUGCCCUCGGUUGGC